UACCGCAUCCGCCACCACCGCCACCUUUUCUGCGCUCCGAACUCCCCUCGCACCGGCCAAGCAGGCAACUCUCUAACCAGGAUGGCUGAGCAAAGACCAAGCUUCAGCAUGUUGGAAGACCACGCUGGGAACCAGCAGAUCCAUUCUGGAGAACCAUUCCAGAUAGGAGGAGAGAGGAAAGACAUGCCUUCCCAAGGAGGUUAUACUCUGCUGCAGGACAGUGAAGAUGACACAGGGCAUGGCUUGAAAGGAUAUUCUCCUCCCAUCCCAGCCGAAGAAGGAUCGGAUGAACAGGUCUCUGAAACAUCUGCUAAGAGCACUCCAACUACAGAAGAUGUGACAGCACCCUUAGUGGAUGAGCAGGAACAUGAAGAUCAGACUGCAGCCCAGGUGGAGAUACCUGAAGGAACCACAGCUGAAGAAGCAGGUAUUGGAGACACACCCAACCUGGAGGACCAAGCCGCAGGAGAUGUUUCCCAAGAGGAGUUCAGAGUCUCAGCAGAGUGUCAGAGGGGAGAGUCAGAGAUCCUGGAUUUCUCAGCCAGUGAGAUUCAAUCUCAAAUACAUCAGGUAAGCGCAGAAGAAACUUUUCAGAAACCACAGAUGCCUUUGAGGAAGAAAGAACCUGAAGAGCCAGGGAUGACUGUUCCCCUCGCCUCUCAAGAUGGUUCAGUUUACUCAGAGGCACCCAGCCUGGAAGAAGGUAUUAAGGAGGUGUGCCCAGCUUUAAAGCAGAAAGAUGGAGGUAGAGCUGAGCAGAGUUUGACAUCUCCCAAGCCUGCUGUGCUGGAAAGCUCAAAACCAUCAGAAUACUAUGAGAAUUUCAGGAUGGGGGUUGAAGGCCAUGAGGUCCAUGAAAGCUUUCUUAGUGAACCAGGACGUUAUGGUAUUCAGGCCAUUGGCCAAGAUGCCAUUAAUAUGCCUGGGGAACAAGUCUCAGAUAUGUCAGCAGGGUCUAUACAGUCUAAAAGCCCUGGGGAUUACCCAUUGGUACUGCCUAUGAAAGAAAGGGCUGUGGUAAGGGAGGAUGAUGAAGAUCGUGACAUCGAUGAAUCCUUACCCCAAGAUUCACCUCUCCCUUCUCAGCUUUCUCCAAGACCAGAGAGUUUACAACCUCAAAAAGUAUUUUUUCCUUCAAUGGCUUCUAAGGAAACGGUUGCAAUCCCUCAUUUACCAGUGGAACAUCAUAUCAAAAUUCCUCUGCCAGAUGAUUUUCUCUCCAGAAUUCCCCCAGAGAUGCCAGUGAUUGAAAAUGACCUGCCUGCAGUAAGCCGGGUAGCAACUGAAGGCAGUGAUGGACUCUCUAGUUUAGAAUCCUCCGAGGGUAUGUCGCAAGCGGAUAUCAAAGCUAAUAUCCCAAAGGAGCAAGAAUUUUCAGAGUUGGGCCCUGAAGAUACAUUGAGUGGGGAGCCAGGGAGCCCAAGUGCCUCAGUAGAAGAGGAUGCAAAAACGCCAGAAAAACAACCUGUACGUUCCCCACCUGGGAAGCAGCCAGUCAGUCGAGUUCCUCAGUUAAAAGCUCGUAAAGGCAGUGCAACCGGAAGUGAUGAGAAGAAAGCCAAGACAUCCACACCUUCCUCUGCUCAAACCUUCCUGAAAGGUAGACCUACCAUUAGCCCUAAACGACCCUCUCCUGUUAGCUCAGACCCUUCGAUUACACCCUCCAGCCCAGCUGUGUCCUCAGUACCAGGUUCCUCUCCUAAACGCGUCUCUUCUGUCACAUCCCAUACUGGCAGUUCUGGAGCAAAAGCAAUGAAACCCAAGGGGGCGGAGACUAAAAGCGGAAUCAAAAUGGCCACUCCCAGGGCAGGGGCACCUUCCGGUCAGAAAGGAUCUGCCAACGCUACCAGAAUUCCGGCGAAAACAUCAGCCCCAAAGACACCUCCGAGUGCUGGGGAAUCUACAAAGUCUGGAGACCGAAGCGGCUACAGCAGCCCGGGUUCCCCAGGGACUCCUGGCAGCCGGUCCCGUACACCCUCUCUGCCCACACCCCCCGCCAGGGAGCCGAAAAAGGUGGCGGUGGUCCGUACACCACCCAAGUCCCCAUCUUCAGCCAAGAGUCGCCUUCAGACUUCCACAGUCCCCAUGCCAGACUUGAAAAAUGUCAGGUCCAAGAUUGGGUCCACUGAAAACUUAAAGCAUCAGCCAGGAGGUGGAAAGGUGCAAAUAGUAUACAAGCCAGUCGACCUGAGCAAGGUGACUUCCAAGUGUGGCUCAUUGGGCAACAUCCACCACAAACCAGGUGGUGGCCAGGUGGAAGUUAAAUCUGAGAAACUAGACUUCAAGGAGAAAGUUCAAUCAAAGAUUGGUUCCCUGGAUAACAUCACCCACGUUCCUGGUGGAGGGCACAAGAAGAUCGAGUCUCACAAGCUAACCUUCCGUGAGAACGCCAAAGCCAAGACCGACCACGGAGCAGAAAUUGUCUACAAGUCACCCACCAUGUCUGGAGACACCUCCCCCCGACACCUCAGCAACGUCUCUUCUACCGGAAGCAUCAAUAUGGUGGACUCCCCUCAGCUCGCCACGUUGGCUGAUGAAGUCUCUGCCUCCCUGGCCAAGCAGGGCUUGUGAUCUUGCCCAGCAGUGUGGUAAUCAUGGAGAGAGGAGAGAGAGAGAGAGAAAGACAGGGAGAGAGAACGAGAGAGAGAGAGAGAGAGAGAGAGAGAAAGGAAAAAAGAAAGAAUACUUGUACAACCCUUCUUCCUCUGUUCCUUUCCCAGCUGUUUCUCACAGAUUACCUAAUUGGUUAAUGAUCUAACCUGCUGUUGACCUCUGUGGCUUUAGCUCCAGGACCUUAAAAUCAGUGAUGGGAAUAAAAGCAAAUUUUGUCUUUACAAAUUGAAUUCUUGGGGCUAACAGUUAUAAUAAAUUUUUUAAAAUUUUUUUCAAAAGGAAGCCACACCCACAUUUUUCUAGGCCAACUCAAUUAAAUUAUCCCCUUUUUUCCCCCCCAAGGUGAGAAAUGGAAUGCUAUUAACGCUGCUGCUGAUGAGUUUCAAGGAAGCGGCCUGGUGCCCGUCUCUUCCUGUUCCUCCCCUCAGCCACAGCAGCAGUGGGUUUGAGACCUGCCUUACCCAGAGAUUCACAGAGACCCAGAGACCCCCAAGCCACGUUUAUGUCAGAGAGAGAGAGAGAGAGAGAGAAAGUGGGCUUGGCACCCUGUGCCCGAACUAUUAUGCUUAUCAGAGCUCAAUGAAGACCAGAAAUGACAAGCUGUGAUAGCCAGAUAUCCAGGGCACUGUUCAGGGGGACGUCGGAGCCAAUGUCGUAGUGGGAUGUUUGCUGGGGUUUUUGUUGCUGCUGCUGUUUUAUUUUCCAACUCUGUGGGGAAAGGGGUCCUUUGUCACCCUGAGUUUGUAAACUGCUUGGGAAUUGCUCUGGGCUUUCUGGAGCAGACCAGGGGUUCCUUCUGGACGACUGCCCUACAUACAGUGAUAGGGUGGGAAGGAUGCCGUGUCUGUUGUUAUCCCUCAAAGGUACUGACCUUGCUACACUGCUGUACUGAAAGCAGCUAGGUGGGUUUUGUUUUUUGGUUUGUUUCUUUUUCUCCCCUUUCUAGUGGACUGGUAGACCCUAGGGAAGGGUCAUGAUGCCAGUGGAAGCUGUUUCUUCUCCCUUUCUAGAAGGUGCACUGCAGCCAUGCUGUCUGGGUUCUGAGGCUAGAACUGUUAUCAGUGACUUCUGCUGGUUUUGUCGAUAGGAAUUACUAUUCUUAGGGCUCACCUGUUAUCUUUGUCACAAGUCUUAGAGGACCAUGGCCUCCAGCUCUGGAGCACAAGGGGAGACAAAGCCUUGUUCUUGACUAGGCUAAUUCUUCCCCACUCACUCUCUUCCUCUCCCACCUUUCCCAGUUCUUAAAACCUGGGGGCCUUUAGCACUCUCUAGCCUCUCUGUCCUGGUUUGGGGGGUGGGGUCUAAGGUGUAAUGGGCUCUGGAAACCCAUAGACCUCAGGGGUGACUGGAGAGCGGACAAGUGCCAAUCCCUAUGGCAUGGUUGGGGGAGAGGCAGAGGUGCUGCAGGCCGAACCCCCUCUUUCUCUUCUUCCCUUACCACCGAAGGCCAUUUUUGUACUUUGUGUAUAUGUGCUCUUGGAAUUCUACGCAGUCAGUUUGGUGGUUCCUAAGCUUGUAGCUUCAAAGUGUAACCCUCAUAAGCCAUGCCCCCUGGCCCCUCUUACACAGCCUCUAAGCCUCCUCAGCUACACACAGCAAGAGGGAAUAGCAGGAGAACGACUCCCCUCCCUCCCCAUGGCUGGGCAAACCCUCCCAAGGGUGGCGAUCAGGCUGGAGAGGAGAGCUUUCUCUUUGGGGGAAAGCCUGCCUUCAGGCUGCAGGUUCUCUGUGCAGACCUUCACUUGUCACUCCAGAGCAUCUGUAGCUCACUGCUCUGCAUCUCUCUCUUUUCCAAGUGAAUCUCAACUCUCCCUGUGGUCCCUAAAAAGUCAGUUUCCACUUCCAGGCAGCCAUCCAUCCUUGGUUCUAUUGCUUCAUGAUUCCUUUUCCUGCCAGAAAAUAUUGCUGUGAGUAUUGAACUACCAUUCUCAAAGGUACUGCUGGUUGAGAGAGCAGGAGGAUCCAAGCCAUUUCACAGGGGACAGGUAGUGACCCCUUCCCCCCGUGGCCAGGGCCUGCCACUUCCAGACACAGUCACCAAGUCAGUUUUCCUUUCCACUGUGCUCUCUCCCUAGGGAAGGUCCAUCUUACCUUCUCCUCUCACCUUCAUCCUUUCCAGAGGAUGCCCUGUCUCUCUCUGCCACUCUCCCCCUCACUCCAUAUUCAAUUGAAAGAUGCUUCUGUGUUUGAGCUGUGGAAUAAGUGAACAGAGGCUUCGCCUUCCUUUAUUUCCCAGUCAACUUGUGGUGUAUAGUUGCAUUUGUCUUGUAUAUGCUUGGAAUUCACCAGGGUGAUGAUUGUAAAAAGAAGAAAAAAAAACUGGAAAAAAAAACCGCAUGUAUCAUUAAGUGCUUACCGAGAGGUUUCGGACCCUUGUGUGUACCCCCACGCCCCAAGCACUGUCUGCACCGUAAAACAGCUGCAGAGUAAGAACUGAGUUCUUAGUGUCCUGACAGACAUGGGACCCAAGCGACUUGUCAAGCUGUGACCACUGUACCGACCUACCCCAACCCUGCCGUUACUCAGCUUUCGAAAGGUUUUCAGCAUCGAGAAUAUUCUGGAGACCAGACAGACCCCAAGCAGAGGGGGAGUUGAUGGCCUCUAAUUCUUAGAGGAGCAGUGGGGGGGUGGUGGUAAAAAAAAGGGGUCCUUCCUUCCCUCUGCACCAGGAUUGGGGUCAAGGCUGAAAUGGCUGCAAACGUGGGAAGAGGAAGCUGGGACCACCAUCACGUCAGCUCCAGAUUGGGUCUCCUUCAUUCCCGGGCUGGUUGCCCCCAGCUCUGCAGUUGUAAUACAAAGCAGCGGAUCCCUGAGGGGAGCAUGUGAUGGGCUUUGCCGAUUCUCCAGCUGUGGUGCUUGUUUAAACGAGGUUGUAUUGAACUGUUGCAGAGAAGGAAGGAGGCCUUCCCCCAUCACUGCUGAUACCAAGGAGGACUUAUGCCCCACCCUUCCCUUCAUAUCUAUCCAUUCGAAAAAGACCAAGCGUCUACGUGUUUUGGAGAAACAUACUGGUCAGGCCUCUUGGGGCCAGCCAGGUAGCCCCCAUCAACUAAACCUGAGAAUAUGGGAAUGAAGGCCUCAGGAGUCUGAUGACCUGGGUUCCAGUCCUCCCCAGGUGCUUACUACCUACAUGAUUUUGGGCAAGGCGCAACCUCCCUGGCUUCAGUCCCUCACCUGUCAAAUAAGGAGUUUUGUACUAGAUGAAGACUGUUGAGAUCUUCUGGUGCUAGAGCUACCCCACUUAGCCACGGCCUACCACGGAGGAGGCGCUGGAUUUUCCUCUAGGGAAGCCUCUAGGGUCCUCACCGGUGAAGGGAGAGUGCAGAGCCAGCAGCCUGCCCUCAGUAGGUGGGCCCAUGAGCACAUAGUGGGAUCACAGAACAGAGACAGCUGGAGGUUCUCUGGGGGUGUAAGCUGCCAGAUUGGAGGUGCCUCCUCAUCUCUGAAGGUCAGAGCUCUCCUUCAUAGGCUAAACCAGACUAUGUCACUUUUAUUCAGGCUUUCUGGGAGCUGGUAAGGCAGGAUUCAGGUGAAAGAUGGCGAGGGCCUAUGGUGGACACAAGGAUUAUGCCAGAAUGCUGUGGGCAGGUAUUUAUUUCCUGACAACUCAGCCAUUCCGGUGACAAAGCUGUAUGGAGCAGGUGGGUGAGUGGAUUGAGGAACAGGGAGGUGACAAGAUGGGGGAAGUUUAAUUACUUCAUGGAAACUCACAUCAGCUGCCAGUUCACCCCUUUGUUGCAUGCUCUUACUCCCUUAUGAGAUGGAAAAUCCUAUUUUGAAGGGAGAGCCCUCUCCAGAUCUCUGUGAGAAUCCUGCCAAGCAGGAAGAGGCCUGUCUGAGUUUGCCGCUGAUGCUCUAUUAGUUCUGGUAACCUCAUUUCAUUUUGGGGGUUCUCUGAAGCCACCAAGGCCUCAAAUCUCAAUGGUCAUGGCUCCAGGCUUGGGGGUCAGAGAGCAGCGAGGUAGGGAAGGAUGCAUUGUACCCAGAGAGCAACACUUGGGGAGAAGUUUCUCCUCCCCCAAUUCCUGUGAGAUUCCAGGGAGAGGGCAGCUUGAUCAGCCACACACUAAGCCCUCCAAGGGAUGAGCUACGAACAUUAGCCCCUGCUGAAGCUUUCCUAGGGCAGCUCUGACCUAGGGAAGCUCUCCAAGCCGGCAGGGCACACCUUUUGUUCCCCAGCUGAAUACAGUUGGAAGCAAGAAGUUUAUUUGUAACUCAGCAAAUGCCUGUGAAGUUGACAGACUCCUUCAAUUUUAAGUCAGGAUGGGGUGAGGUGAAACCAGGGGGAAGCAGCAGCCCAGCACCCCGAAGCCAACCCUUAUGCCCUUUCCUGGGCUGGAGGGAGACAGAACAAGCGAGACCUUGGUGCUGCUGCUUCAGCCAGCUGCGGCUCAGAAGUCAAGGCCGGCCAUUCAGAAGUAGAUGGGCCUCUGGGCCCAGCUCAAAGAGGGAAAGCAAAUGUAAUCUGGAGUUUGUAUCAUAGAAUUUGUUGCCCAGAUCCAAAAGCAUUUCUUCUUUAACUUCCUCCCUUCCCAUCUUGCUUGGAGAGUAUCAGGUGGGUGAGGUCUUGUUCAGGUCCUGGGAGGGCAGUGCACUGGAACAGGGUCUUACUGCCUUGUGAGGCCACAUGUGACACAGGCACCUCCCAUCUGGGUGCAGCUGUAGUCUUGUCUCCGAAGUCUUCAGGGCCCUAACUUUUGGCAUUAAAGCAAUCAGCUCUCAGGAGCCAAGGCCUUGCCUGUCAUUGGUGGUUGUGAAUGGAUCAGGGAAAGCUUGACUUACACAUUUUGUUGGAUUUUCCCCCCAUCAGCUGGUUGAAGUCGCUGGAUUUGUAACUUAGUGAGAAAAAUUCUUAUAUGGGGUAGGAAUGAACCCUCCCUGUGCCCCCAAUACCAGCCACUGGCUUAUAUGGACACAACCACCACCACUCAGCAAAACUUGGGAUGGAGUUCAUUAAAAAGACCCAAAGCCCUGGUUUCUUUAAUCCCCCCCCCCCCAUCCCAUGUAUUGAAUUCCACUUAGAUCACCUCUUGUUGGAAUCUCUAUUUCCUUGUUUGUGUGGUAGUAAGGAAAUUUAAAAUGGGCAAGGGGGCAGCAACCUUGGAGCUGAUUGAACUGACCCUUAGGAGACUGUCUUUCUCACUUUCACACACAGACACACACACACACACACCCUCACCCUCUUGCCGGAAGCUGCCCAAUAUGGGCUUUGAUGCAUCAGCCACAUCCAGGCCCCUUGGUGCCUCUCUCUAUACUGGGUCCCAUGGCUGGGACUCAUAACCACCAGUAGUCAGAGGACUGGCCAGCAUUCAGAAUGGUCUUCCUCCAGUGAUGCGGUUUUGGCCCGGGGCAUCCUUCCUCUGCCCAGUUUUCCCUCCCCCCACGCCUUCCUUAGGCUUGGGGCAGCCGUUCAUCCCAAUGAACUUAUGAAAAGAGCCCAUGUCCAGCAGGCACAGGCCUCCUUUCUUUCAAGUCGCUGGAUCCAUCUUUCUCCCUGCCCUGUGGCUGCUGAACUAAUCCUUGGCCUGGAACCGCUCACUUGUUUAGGGGAGUUGGGAGCUGGCAAGCUACUUUUCUCCUCAGACUGUUUGAAAAGGGUUACAAAUGGGCACUGCCCUUUAUCUAUGGCUUACUCUUCCGCUCGGCCUUGACCCCAUGGGGAAGCACAGUUCCCGCAUUGUAAUCCACAUGGUUUCCUAAUUAAUUUGGGGGGUGGGGUAGGGGUGGGGGGUGUUGAACUCAUCCUAGCUUAGCUUCCUGUCUGUGAAUGUCCAUAGUAUUGUGUGUUUUACAACUGGUUUACACUGUUGCUGUAAAAGUGAAUUUGGAAAUAAAGUUAUUACUAUGAUGAAAAUAAAA